ACUGGACCGUCUUCCGGCCCUGGGCCGGAAACCAGCUCGCUGCCGCUUCCUCACACGAAGGCGGGGUGUGGGGCUGGCUGUCGGGCCCAAUGGGCGGCUGAGUUGCACGAGGCGCUAUGGCUCACGUCGGCUCUCGCAAGCGCUCGAGGAGUCGGAGCAGGUCCCGGGGGCGAGGGGCGGAAAAAAGAAGGCAGAAGCGCAGCAAGGACUCCCCGAGGAGCUGCUCGGCCUCUAGAUCCCAAGGCCGCAAGGCCAGCACCGCCCCCGGGGCCGAGGAGAGAAGCAAGCACAAGGCCCGGAGGAAACCACGAUCCAGCUCCUCCUCCUCUUCUUCCAGUUCUUCUAGCUCCUCUUCCUCCUCCUCGUCCUCCUCCUCUUCCUCCAGCGAUGGCCGGAAGAAGCGACGGAAGCACAAAGACAAGAAGAGGAAAAAGAAAAAGAGAAGGAAGAAGAAACUGAAAAAGAAAAACAAAGAGAAGGCUAAGGUGCAGCAGGCUGAAGCCCUGCCCGGACCCUCGUUGGACCAGUGGCACCGAGCAGCUGCAGAGGAAGAGGAUGGCCCAGUCCUGACGGAUGAGCAGAAGUCCCGUAUCCAAGCCAUGAAGCCCAUGACCAAGGAGGAGUGGGAUGCCCGGCAGAGUGUCAUCCGCAAGGUUGUGGACCCUGAGACGGGACGCACCAGGCUCAUUAAGGGAGACGGCGAGGUCUUGGAGGAAAUCGUAACCAAAGAGCGACACAGAGAGAUCAACAAGCAAGCCACCCGAGGGGAUGGUCUGGCUUUCCAGAUGCGAGCCGGGCUGCUGCCAUGAGGGCCCCGGCUGGCCAAGGCCUGGGAUAGUGUUGGUGGCAGGGCCCGGAGGCAAGCCGCAGGGUGGCUGGCAGGCCACCUAGUGGGUGCCAUUUGCCUUCUCUUCUGUGGAUUGGUCUCUGGCCUGGCCCAGCCUCCUCUCCAGUGCAGGGGUCACUGGCCUCAUGAGCACCUCUCCCGUAACUCCUGAAAAAGCUCCAGUUUCCAGAUAAUAAACUUGCUUUGCUUGUGGA